CAAGAAAAUCUGAAAUUCUGGCCACUGGAAUAAGUAAAAUGGCGACACACUGAAAAUGAUUACUAAAUGCUAUUUUUUCCACAAAUAUGGUUAAAAUGAUAACACUUUCUAGUUGCGAUUCACGUAUAUCAAACUAUUUAAUACGCAGGACUAUAAAGUAAUUAAAUAAAUCUCAAGAAAAUACGAUCGCUCACUCAUAUUAAUUGUCCAGAUUAAACACGAUUACGGCUACAAUUGACAAUUGUCAAUUGUCAUUGUUCAUAAUAAUAAAAAAUACAAUUCAAAUCAAAAUUGUUUUUAAAAGCAUAAAAUCGCAGUCAAUAGCUCAAAUUGUUUUGCGUUGCACCUAGUGGUGACGUGUGCUGUGUUUACUUAGAUUGCAUAGAGCUGUAUGCUCAACUGAAUAGGUUAGUUGUCGGAACAAGAUCAAGAUGUCUUACCAUGGCAGAAGUGGGAAACCUGGAAAUCCAAGUGAAAUAUAUGGGCAACAUCCAGAUAACAGACAUGAAGAUGGAGGGAGGUAUGGUCACAAGGCAGGAGCUUAUGGCAGGGAUUAUCCUGCUCCACCUUCUGUUUAUCCGUAUCACGAUUAUGGGUCAACUUAUGCUUCACAACAAAGUGAAUAUUAUCCUAAUAAUGCUAGUAGAUUUAAUAUUCAACCACCGAAUCCUGCUAGUUUAUCUACACAAAUGAAUCAAGCUCCGCCGCCGAGUUCAUUGCCUUUAUCUGGUUCUUCCAGUCAAGGAUUACAGUCGGAUGUUUAUGUGAGUUUUUUCCUUAUUCUUGAAAUAAAUCUGAUAUAUUUUAUAUUAAAUAUUAAUAUAGCUGGGAACCAGAAAUAAGUCUAACAGCAAAUAAAUGUAUACAAGUAUAAGCAUUUUUAAGAAUGUAGUCUAAUGUAGUGUAUAAUAUAAAACCACUUAAUAGAUUAUAGUAAGAUUUGGCUUUCGUUCAUUAUGACAUAAUUUACACUAAGCUCUAAUUCUAAUCGAAAUGUGUACGUUUGAGUUGAAUUAAUGUUAGAAUUGUGAGCUGGAAUUUGUUAAAUAGUGGUCUUUAGUUUAAUUAUCUGUCAGCUAACUUUGAUUUUUUCUCUAGAAUUCCAACUACGGCGACAGACAAUCUGCAUCUCAACGCUUGGGUCCACCAGUGAAUUAUUCAUCUGUUGAAAACCGACAGACGGCCUAUCCACCAAGUGGAGAGUCAACAUCUCAUAAGGGGAGAUAUGAUGACUCAUAUACAAGUGAUACAAGGAAAGGAGAGAGAAACCAUGGGGAUGAUCAAAAUUAUUCCAAAGUUAGAGACUCUAGCAGGAGACUUGAUUCUCACAGAGAUUUUUCACCAACAUACCUGCGAGAUACUGACAAAAAUAAAGAGAAGUGGACUGACAACAGAUCAUCCCAUAAACAUGAAGAAGUUAAGAGUGGGUCUGCUUCACAACAGCCAGGUCUAAAUAUUGAGGACCUUCUGCAGGAUGAAAGAUUAAAAAACGUUCUCUUUGCUGGAAUUUCAAAAGCUACUGCAAGACUGGAGCAGUCAUUAAAAAAGAGCAGUGGAACUACAGAAAAUAUUGCAUUCCUUGAUAACUCUUCAAAGAGUUCAUCAUCACAGUUAUUUCCAUCUGCCUCUACUGAUCACAAACCCAAAUCGAUAUUAAAGCGUAAAAGUGGUGUAGAGGAAGAUGAAAACAGUAAUGAUUCAUUUUCCAAGUUAAGCACUCUUGAGAAAACUUUGCAAUUGCUGCGUGGCAAGUCCACUGUUAUGGAUGCAUUGAGUGCUGCUGAAAAAAGUAAAGACAGCUCCAAACAGGCAGGUUUCCCUAAGGAUGCCCUCAGUCAGUUGACCUUGUAUGAGGAUGCUGGAGAGGCAGAAGAAAGGUACCUUUAUGACAGCAAAGAUUUAUCACCUAAGCAAACUUCCGUCAAAAGUGGUGAGAGUAGUAAACCAUUUUGGGCAGUCGGCACAAUCAACCCCUCAGGAGAAACUGUUAAAAAGGAGACUGAUACAUUUGAAAUGAAGGAAAAAUUGUAUGAACAAUGGAGGCAGACUCUUCACAGAGAAAAAGACAAAGAGGCAAGUUCCAAAAAAGAUCAAAAGCUUGCACAAAUUGAUCCAUUUUUUCAAAAGAAAAUUCCUUCUCAUAUGAUGUCAUCUGGUAAUCAAGCUUCACAAGAUUCGGCCAAAGAUGGCGAAGAGCUGGACACAACUGUUCAGAAUAUUUUGCAGUCUAUAGGCUUUAACUUCGAUCUGUCUAAACGCAUGCAGGAACUUGCACGCCAAAAGAAGAAACAGAAUGAUGAUCUUCAGACAGGAAUUGUCAAUCAAUCAGCUUCAUUUUUAGACAAAGCGGGGUCAUUUGGUGACAGUGCCAAAGCCUCUUUCUUAAGAACUGGGCAGAAAGAUAGUCUGGAGGAACUUAUCAAAGAGGCAAGAGCAAGUUCUCAGAAAAGACAAUCAAGUUAUGAUAGAUCUUUAAGCCAAGAUAGAGGUGACGGUGGUGAACAUAGCCCAGAGGGUACCAGAAAUGCAAGUCCUGGGAGAAAUGAUGACUGGGAUGAUACUCAUUUAAGAGGAAGAAGUAGAAGUAGAAGACAAACAAGGUCACCAUAUGGAAGAGAAGAUGGCAGAAAAGGUUCAUAUUCUAGAGACCGGGAUUCAAGAACACCCCCAAGAGACCCAUAUCAAGAUGUUCCAGUAUCUGUCACAAGAAAAGAUCAGUAUGGCACUGGCAGAGCUGACAGUGAUACCAGUCGAGUAUUGGAGAGGUUUGCAGAUGAGUUGAAAGAUGAGUAUUAUUACCCUGAUGAUUUUAAUAAGUCUCCUCCUGAUUUCCCUCUCUUGACUUCUUUUACCUCGAGGAAAAAGGAAGAACUUACCAGUGGGCUAUUACCUUCCUCUAAGUUUUCGUCAGGUACAGCCAAAGUAGAGAAUUUAAGAGUUCUGUCAAGAAAUGUUAAAGAUGAUGACGAGCCAUUCUCAGAAACUAGAAGGAUUAUUCUUACAGCUAAGCAAGACAGAUUGGUAUCCAGAUCUCCAACUUACAGAGAAUCACCAAAUCGCAAGAGAUCUGCUUCACCAAUGACACCCCCAGUUUCAAAAGAAAGAAGAGUUUAUGGUGGUAGAGGGGGUGAAUAUUAUGACAGUGAGAAAGGGGAAGAUCAUGGAAAGGGGGUGAUGAGUCCAAAGUAUGAUAUGAGAAUAACCACACUAAGGGGGAGGUCACCAUUUUUUAGAGAUUCUCCAACUACCCGCCAUUCACCAGAUCGCGCUUCAGCAUCGUUGUACCCGUCAAAAGUUUCUCAGAGGUAUUAUAACAAAUUUGAUAAUUAUGAUGCACAGGGAAAGGUGGAUGCUGUCAGAUAUGAUUACGAGAAAAGGGCUAUUGUCACUUCAGAAAGUAAAUCACUUGACAAACUAAAAUCUCAAUCACCAAUGCGGUACAGAUCACCAGAGAGACGCAGGUCAAGAUCACCAGAGAGACGCAGGUCGAGAUCUCCAGAUAGACAUAGGUCUAGAUCACCAGAUAGACGCAGGUCGAGAUCACCAUUCAGGAGAAGAUCAAGAUCCUGGUCACAUGAAAGGUAUCGAUCACCAUUAAGGGACAGGCGCAGAUCACCUUUAAGAAGACUAUCACCAACUCCCUUUCAAAAAAGAUCACAAUCUCCAUUUAGAAAAAGGUCUCCAGGUAGAAGAAGGUCUCCAGCUCGAAGACAAGCCACAGAAAGAUACAAAUUUACAAGACAUGAUGGCAAAUACAAAAUAGAUAACAGAAGCAAGCCAGUUGAGCCUCCUAAGGUUGAUGUGUCAAAACUGGGGCCCGAGGAACGAAAGGCUCACCUGCAAAAGAUGCUGCUGGAGAAAGGGCAGACUUUGGACCAGACAAAGCAUAGUAUGCUGGCUGCAAUUGAAAGGCUUGGCAACAUAUCGGUGGAGGAUAGGAAAGCCUUACUGCUUAAGGUAGGCAUUGUUGUAUUUUUGAAAUAAAAUUCAUUUAAGUCAGUAUAUAAUAAAGAAUUUCACAAUUCAAUGUUUCUAUUUAAAAUGUAUAAUUUAUAUGAAAUAUUAGUAAAAUGUAAUGCUAGCUAAUCCCUUUCAGAUGUCUCAAGUGAGCCCAGAAGAGAAACAGAGAAUCAUGGAGGAUUUGUCUAUGAGACAAGUAAAAGUGACAUCUCUAAAAGCUGAUCUGGACAGACUGAAGAAAGAACAAAAUGAGUUGUUGAGAAAAAGCUGGCGCAGUGGGACAGCAGGCAAAGAUCCUAAGCUGAUAAAAAAUGAACAGGAACAGGAGGCAAUAGAAAAAGAAAUAAAACGACUUAGCAGCACUGAGCUAGAUGUCCCCCUGGAGAUGGCCACAUCACCACCACCUUCACAUACGAAGAAAGAUGAACUACUGAAGGCAGCCUCCAAAACACCUGCCUUAAAAAAAAAAAAAGUGUUACCUAUAUCAUCAGGCGAAGAUACUAAAGUUAGCCCAGUGCUAGCUGAUAAAGCUGCAAUGGCUCCUAAAGAAACAUUGGGGAAGAUUGGGGUCAGUCAAGUACCAUUGUCAAAUUCAGAUAAUUGGAAAUUAGAUGUUUUUACUGAGGAUGAUGGCCCACCUAAUUUUGGUGACCCUGUUAAAGAGAGCCUUAUGAAGGCAAAAGCAAAUGAAAAGGAAGUUGAACAAAAGGUAUGUAUGACUCACUUAAUUUUGUUAUAGCCUUUAUAUUACAUAUCAUUUUGAACUUGUUUUAUAAAAUCUAAUGGAAAUAUAUUUCAUUUUUUUCAGAAGGCAGAUUCUAAGGAAAUAUCUGGGAGACAAAAAGUUUAUUUUGAAUAUUAUGAUAGUGGCAAUCAUUGGUGUGAAAACUGUAGUACAUCAUGUACUAGUUUGAGCCAGCUCUUCCAACAUCUACAUGGGAAAAAGCAUCAAAUUGUAAGGACAAUUUUCUCAUCCUCAUUUGUCUUUCGUUUAUUAUUUUACAUAACAUCUUUGUUGUUGUUCAUUCUUAGCAAGCAAUUUUUGACUUGAGUAGCAGCCUUGAUUUUUUCUGUAUUUUGUUUAAAGUGUUUAAACAUCCUUUUUACGUUACUAAGAAAUAGGUCUGUGUGCAUGUGGACACUACUGGGAUCCCAGGUAGUUAGGACUAUUUCAAACUGGCAUAGCACCUGGGAUUCCUCUAAGAAGAGUCUGUUUACUGUCCACAUUUUAAAAAAUGAUAUUACAUAAUAGAUACUGUUUGUGCAGCAGAGGUUGAUAUUAAAACUUGGCUAGUGUUAAGCAUUUACAUUGCUUCACGUCUAAGUAAAAAUCUUUUUUUUCUCAGGCCGUUGAAAAAGAAAAAAAGCCUUGGAAAGAUUCUAAGCAAGAGCAAAAAGUAACUCGCCGAGUUGGUGUUUCACAAGGCAGAAGGAUUAAAGGUAGGGUAUUGUUGUUUAAUUUUUAUUUCCAACGUUUCUUUUACAAAAAGAAAGAAUUUUUUCCCCCCCUUUUCAAUUACUCAAAUGAUAAUACAUUUUAUAAAUUUUUGAUUUAAACUUUAAAUAUAAACCUAUUCGCUACUGGUACUAUUGUGAACAAAUGCGACAUAUGAGUCUGGCGAGAAUCGUUGUUUCUGUGCAAAAAGCAUUGGAAUGCUUAAAAAGUAGGAAGUUAGGUGAUUUGGUUUAAAAAAACUGAAGUUUUUAUCUCUUUUGAUUCAUGAGGUAUGAGUUGUAACGUUGGACAAGUAUUAGUAAACUUGUGAUUGUGUUGUAAGAGAAUUUAUUGCUGUGGUAUUUUAGUUGGAUUGCUGGUUUAGUGUUUAAUUUAAUUACAGAUACUCAUUCAACAAUAAUUAUGGCAAUGAAGAUGAGUCCGAUAUUGACAAAUAUUAUAUAAAAAAACUGAGAAUAUAAAUCAACUUUGAAGAAUGAUAAUGAUACUGGAGGGGUCUGAUGACAAUGUGAUAACACUGUCACUGAGUGUUGCUCAGACAAUUUGACUAGUGUUACUGAUCAGACAUAAAAGAUUUACAAAGAUUGAAUAGCUUUCCUAUUGAUAGCAGUACAGCAAAUUAUUUCAGGCUGUUUAUGACUAAUCAGUCUGAUAUGCCAUACAGCUGUCAGCAAAUUUUGAGACCCAUACUUGGCAGACAAUGUUGAUGUUACCAGUACUGUGGUAGAAUCAUGAAAACAACUGACACUACUCAAUGUACAAGGGUUACUGAUUUUCAUAUUUCUGCAUGAAAAUCUGCAUAAAUGCUAAAAACUAGAUUUAGUGCUUUGCAGCAAAAAGAAUAGUAAAUAAAAGUACCGAUAUAUAUAUUUUUUUGUUUAGGAACAUCAUUUUUCUAUUUUUUUUAUUCUUGUUUUUUAAAAAUUGCAUGUUUAGUGGUUUCAACAAUUAUUUAUAUAACAAUGGGGUGCUUGUACGUCAGAGUUAUCUCCCAUUGCUUAGUACUCGGUGGGGUGUUUCAGAGUGUUAGUUUAGUAGCGAAUGAGUUAAGUAAAAUAAAAUCUGUAGUGAAAUGAAAUAUUUGUUUAAAAUGAUCAUGCCCUUCCCCAAUCGUGCAUUAUGACUCAUGUAAUUAUAUCAAUUAUUUAACACAGGUGGUGAGAUGAUGUACCCUAUGAAAGGUUUCUUCUGCACCCUGUGUAAAGUAUAUAAUGGUGAUUUUGAUGUGUCUAUGGAUCACUUGAAGUCUGAUGCUCACUAUGAUAAAUACAUGGUAAAUGAAGAAUACUUCUUAGUUUACUUGUAAUAGCUGAAUGCAAGAUUUGUAGAGAGUUAACAUAGCAUUAUUACAGUUGAUUGAAGGGAUUGUAGUGAGAUUGUUUUGUGGGUUAUAAGUGAAAUAAAAUUAUCUCACACUAGAUCACCUCACUAUUCCUUAAAAAGACAUUUAAAAAAAUAUAACUUUUAAAAAUGUUGAGCAAAUCAAAGCUAAAUAUUAAAAACAUAACAUUUCUUAGUGAACAGAAAAACUUCUUAACUUUUUCUGUAAGUAUUUUUGAGGAAUACAUGUCAUUUAUUAAAUUUAGCCAAGUUUUUUUUAAAAAAUGUGACGGAAAAUUUGACUUAUAAUACUAAUAAAUAUCUUUAGAAUCUUUUGUAAAAAUAUUAAUAUCCUUUGAGGAUUGGAUACAGGAACACUAAUUUAAAAUACUCACAUCAUGUCUAAGGCAUGUGCACUGUAUAACUAUAAGGCAUAUUGGUUAUGUGUGGAAAACAAAAUUAUGAUAGGGCUUAGAAAGACUGACUGUCAUUUUCUCUAUUAUUACAAUUAACCAAUUUUUUUCUCCACAGGAAUAUGUCAAGCAAAACCCCAUGUAUGAAAAAAAAUUGCUGCUGGCAAAAGCAAAAACAUCUGACAAAAGACAUCAAGAGAAAAGUGAAAAAAAUCCCCCACUACCAAAGGAGCCACCUCCUCCCCCACCCCCGCCAGUCAUAGAAGAGAAAGAUAAUACUCAGGAUUCAAGCAAAGGCAAAGAGUCUAUCAGGUCCAAAUCAAUGAAAAAACACCUGAGGGUUACAGGGAAAGAGGACACUGGGCAUGAAGAUCAAGACAACACUUCCCCAGUGGACAUGGAUCUUGAUGAGGAUGAUUUGGAGGAGGAAAAAAAGAGUAAAGUGCCAAAACUUUUGGCUAAAUCAUCCAGUUUGCCACCAUGGACCUCAUUGACGGCCCCUUCCCAAGAUGAUAGGCCAUCUGUUGCCAUGAAGGAAACAAAGGAGGAUGAAAACCAACCACUGGGAAUGUUCUUGAGCAUUGCUCAAGGAAGUAGAGAAAGUAGAACAAGUAAACUUCCUGUAGUCACAAGCUCAUCCAUGGAUUUAUCUGCCAUUCCUAUACCAGAAGGCCCGAGUUUGCCCAGAGAAGUUGUGCUCCCUCCAGAGACUGUGGUCUUGGCUAAGUCCAGAAAGGAGGUGGAGAAUGAAGAAAAAAAAAUGAUGGGCAUUGAUGUGGAUGCUGAAGUCGAGCAGCCGUUAGCAGCCAUCCCUAUACCUCCACCUAGCACACUCUCUGUCCCAGAUAUACCGUUACCAGGUCCCGCCCUGCCACAAGGAGCAGGUGACACAAAGAAAACUAAAACAAAGAGCUUGGAUACGCUCUUUGCGAAGUUGAAUUGGAAUAAUAAAACACGCAAGACCAAACCUAAAUCUGUGUCUGUUCUGGUGGGUUCUGGUGUCACAGAUCCAGAAAUGGAGAAAAAAAUUCAAGAGGAAAUUCAAGCGAAGCUGGAAAGAGAAAAGCAAAAUUUGCUCCUGAAAAAACAGAGAGAGGAAGAAAAGGAGAAAAGGGCUAAAGAAGAAGGGACAUUGAAAAAGAACAUUUCAAGUGACAGCGACUCUUCUGAUGAUGAAUCAGAAAGUGAAGCAGCCAGUGGAUUAGAUGACGAGUCCACAAGUUUGAUGGAGGCCAUGUGCCAGAAUGACAGUGUUGCUAUCGGCAGUCCAAGUCAGUCCAACAAAGAGGUUGUGCAGGAUGACAACCUGAGCCAUCACAUUAAUAAACCAGUUGGUGAAAAUGCUGGUUCAGUUGGUCCUAAUGAAAACUUGAUGAGCAAGUUAGCUAAUGACAAGGAAGGUAGUUCAAUAGAUCAGGCUGAAGAAGCUAAUGUAGUGCCAGAUCUGACAACUAACAAGGUCAUAGAAGAAGAAGUAGAUAACCAAAUCUCAGAAGUUUCAACUGUCACAGAGCAAGUGUCAGAUAAUAUGAUGCUACCUGUAGAAAAUGUAGAUGUAAGAAUGGAAUAUUGUAGUGUAAGUGAGGAGGAGAAGGAGGGUAACAUUGUGACAAAGGAGGAGGCAGUUUUUAAAGAUAUUCCUGUCAAAAAGAGUGAGGAAUUAAAAAAUGUUGAGGGGGGAGAACUCACUGAAGAGGAAGGAGUUAUUAUUAGACAAGAUAAUGUUACCAGAGAAGAUGAGAAGCAUGAUGACAAAGAAAAAGAUGUCGUUUUCACACAGUAUGAGAAAUGUGAUGUUAUCAAGGAUUAUGGCAACAAGGAAGAAGAAACAUGUAAUAUGGAGGAGGAUGAAAUAGACAGUGAGGAGAUGGAACAAAUGAUGUUAGGAGAGGGUCUGAUAAUUUUAUCUGAAGUAACUGAGGAUGAAGAGACAGAGGUGCAAGCAGAGACCCGCCUGGAAGAAACAGAAGUAAGUAAACAAGAUGACCCGAGUGUCACCCCAGCUGAACUUGGGUCUCACUUGGAAACUCAGGCACCAGAUACCAGUCUAGGCAUUGAACAGAGCAAUGUGCUGACAGUUGACUCCAGCACAAGUGGUCAAUGCUCAGGCAAAAAGACCAGCACUCGUGGCAGAGGAAGAGGGAGAAAGGUGAGAACAAAAACUAAUACUCGUGAUCAUGUGGAGAUUUCUCUUUCCGAUGUGCCCUUACCUUAUAGUCAGGUGGAUGAAUCUGCAACCUUUACAUCAGGGAAUGUGGAAGCAACAACGGCAGAUCUGAAUGCUGCAGUUGACAAUAAGGAAGAUGGGAUUAGCCCAUUAACCAAAAGGCAACCCAGAGCACGUAGAGGAGGAAACACAAGAGGUGCCUGUGGAACAGCUCGUCAGACUAGAACAAGGGCAAAGAAAACUCAAGCUGACCAGCUGCUCAUGGAGGAAAUGAGAUCUGAUGAUUCUCAAACAGUGAGCCAGUGCGAAAUUAAUGACAUAAAAACACCACAGAUCAGAUGGGGUAGUGGCUAUGUUGAAUCUAUGACCAAUCCAGCUGAUUACUAUGAACAGCCCAAUCAAACUGUACCCGAGGACACAAGACAGUUUUUGGCAGGAAUUUCCAUUGUUGAAACUCCUGAAAGGUCUUUAUAUUUAGAAAUAAAAAGCAGUGAAAAUGGCAACGACACUCCAUUUGAGAUGUCUUACGCAAACACAGCUGAACUGCCUUCCAUUGAGAUUACAAAUGAAAAAUUUGAGAUGUCUUACGCAAACACAGCCGAAAUGCCUUCCACUGAGAACACAAGUCAGUUAGAUGCUUUCCAUUCUGAUCAUUCUUCUUCUGUGGAUGCUGUGCCCGCUGGUGAUGAUUUUGUGCAAUACUAUUCGGAAAAUGCAGCUGAUCAAAUCACCAACUUGCCCGAACUUUCAGGGCAGAAAGCAUUGGAGAACGACAGUGACAGCGAUGCAACUAUCACAGAAGAAACAGAGAACCCUAGCAGUUUGCUGACUUUCCAGCAGGCUGAGGAUAAAAAUAUUGAACAGCUCAAUGAAGGACUUGAUCUAGCUGAACCUGAAGAUGAUCAAGGAAUGGGACAAGAAGGUGUUCAGCAGUACACCAAUGUUGUCUUAGAUAUUUCAGAACCUGUCACCCCCAGCCAGGUUUCUCUACAAUCUCUUCAAGUUCAGCCCAGUACACAAGGUAGAGAUCCACCAAUGUCAGGUGUGGUUAGUGAAUUAGAAGAACCCUUGGACACAGUCAUGGUGCCUGUCAAUGAGGAAGAUGGGCAAGGGCUUGGUAAGCAUACACAUUAAUCACUGCUGACAAAACUAGCAUGUGUAGCGUGAUAAAAACUUAAUUUUAAAGAUCUAGGUUUUUUAAAUUUGCCACAGUUGACUAAAUUAGAACCUGGUACAACAAAGUCAUUUGAUCAGCUACAUCAGCUGUAACUUACAGUAAGUGUCAAUAUAUUUUUAACAUUUUAAGUUAAGUUGUCAGUUUGCAACCACUCAAUAAUUUUAGUAUGCUCCAACCUUGAGGGUUGUAAUAAUAAGCAAAAUCUAUGCCCAGGUCAACCCUUGAAUUUAGGCUUCUGUUUUUCCAAAAAUGCUGUUUAAUUUUAAUAAAAUUUUAAAAAAUAUGAAUUUAGGGCCCUCUCAAUAUGGUGCUGGAGGUGGUUGCCUAAUCUCCGAUUGUCAGCAUUGCAUAGCUUACCAUCUUGAUACUCUUCCACUUGUUUGUGACGAUUGUAAUUAUUUACAUAUGUUUAUCAUUUCCUGUUGACUACCGGUACGGUACAUAACAAUACAAUAAGCUAAGAGUCUUUGUCUCUAUCUUUAACUAUAUUUAUGCUGAAGGCUUUUUGGCAGAAACAUCCACUUUCUGUUAUUGUUCCAUCAAUUUUUUUUUCCUACUUCUACUCAUCUAUUUCUUAUUGCUUCAACAUGAACGCAGUCCUCCCUGUAUUUUUCUUUGUUUUUUUAGUAUUAGUAGUAGUACUAUUGUUCCACAAACAUUUCUUUGGUAUGUUAAGUUAACUUUCUUUGUUCUUUGUUAUCCUCAGAAACAGAGUUUCCUCCUACCACAGGAUUAAGUCUUGGACUUGAUGAUGAAGAUACUAUGGACUUUGUUAUAGGAGAGAUUGCAAAGAAGCAGGAAUCUGGCAAUGACUGAUUAUAUAAAUAUUAAGAUCAAGGUUAUGGAUUUUCUAAUGGGUAAGCUAUGGUGGUUUUUAUUUUAAAUGUCACACUAUUGUAUUUGUAUUUUAACUUUGUACAUUGAAUAAAAUGGAAGUUUUCAGCUCUGGUUUUUUUAUGCUUUAGUUAUAAAACAAUAAACCACAUUGUUGGGUCAGAUGGUAUUGAAAAACCUAAACAUCAGUUGCUUAGAGAGAAUAAUAAAACAUGUUUUUUUCAAAUGCCAUGUUUCUUUCUGUGUUUUAGUUUAAGCAAAGGGACUUUAAGAAUAAAUUAAUUAAAUGGGCCAAAUUUCAGUCUUGUUUGGAAAAAAACUUGAGAUGUAUUUUCCUGUUCUUUUAUUUCAGCUUAUUUUAUCAUUUGUGCAUUUAUAAUUAAAAAUAUUUACAGAUUUUAUAAAUUAAAUGUAUGCAUUAUAUUCAUGUGAUCAGUGUUAUUUAGCAUUACUAUUACUUGUAAAUACUGUUCAAUUUUUACCUUAAAUAAGAAAUUUUUACUUUACAGCCUGGCUCUUGACAAAAAUAAAGCUCUGAAAUCUAAUUCAGUUGCUUUGAUGUUGUUUCAUUAAUUUUUGUUUGUUAAAAUGUUAUUUAGAACUAUGAAAUAAAUUACCUACCCAUUAUG